ACUUAAUAACUAAUGCCUUGUUUCCGUCUGCCACUGGGGUUGGGCACUGAUAAGAUUUUCUUGGCCGAUACCGAUAGCCGAUGGUUAUCUACCCAUAUUGGCCAAUACUGAUAAUAAAUAGACAGUGCAGGUAAACCACUAGAACAAGAUAUAUGGCCUCUAUUUAAACUGUUUUAAAAUUAAACAUGUUAAACAAUUAACUGAUAUCGUUUACUUGUUGCGUUUACUUCAGAAAAUGAACACAAAGAAUAACACAGUAUUGUGUUCUUGACAGCAAUGUAUACAUUUGUUUUGUAACAUGUCACACAAAAAUAACUUUGCAUUUGUACUAGUAAAAACAUUUCUGUAGAAAAAAUAUACAAUGUGACAUUAACUUUUGUAGCCACUUGCUGUCAAAAAUUGUGUAUUAUAACUUCAACCAAUACUGUACAGUAGAAAAUAAAACAGCCUAUGCAAUGUCAACUACAGCAACAUUAGUUAAAUUCUUAUUGUAAGCAUACACUGAUUAAAAAUGCAGCACAACUUAAAUUGUUCACUUAAUCAAAAACAUGUCAUGAAAAUAUCCGGUUACAAAAUUCAGUCAAACUUGAAUUUGUUACUAAACAAGACAGAGCAUCAAUAAAUUCCAGCUUCAAAAUGCCGCCUAAUACACCCGCAACCAAUGCAGAUUAAGAUAAACAAACAGACCAAGACAAACAAAAAUUACAAAAGGUAAUUCCUACAAUGUUUAGAGAGCCCACUGCUACUUGGAAGUUAGGGAGAUUGUUAUCGUUGCUGCUGUAGUCUUGGUUUUAAAAAAGUGCUUUUCAGCGAAACUGUUUACGUUCAAGGAUCUGAUCAAGUGAGCUACGGAGGAGGACCUGAGCUGGGGUGAUGCCAAGCUGCCGAGAGAGAGAGAGAGACGGAGCAGAGACGGAGCAGAGGCAGUUUUGUAACUAACUGCCCAUCAAUGCUGUAGUUCAACAAUAAUUUGCUUGUCCUUCUGCAGCAUGGGGCUGAUCCAACAAUUCGCAAUACAGAUGGAAAAACUUCCUUUGAUUUGGCAGAGCCAUCUGCUAAAUCAGUCCUUACUGGUGAAUACAAGAAAGAUGAGUUACUUGAAAGUGCAAGAGCUGGAAAUGAAGAAAAAAUGAUGGCUCUUCUUACACCAUUAAAUGUGAACUGCCAUGCUAGUGAUGGAAGAAAGUCGACCCCGUUACAUCUGGCUGCAGGAUAUAACAGGGUUAAAAUUGUACAGCUGUUGCUGCAACAUGGAGCUGAUGUGCAAGCCAAGGAUAAAGGGGAUUUAGUGCCUCUUCACAAUGCCUGUUCGUAUGGACAUUAUGAAGUGACUGAACUCUUAGUAAAGCAUGGUGCUUGUGUAAAUGCAGUUGAUCUUUGGCAGUUCACAUCACUGCAUGAGGCAGCCUCCAAGAAUAGGGUAGAAGUGUGCUCCCUGUUGCUAAGUUAUGGUGCAGAUCCAACUCUCUUAAACUGCCACAACAAGAGUGCCCUUGAUUUGGCACCUACACCCCAGUUAAAGGAACGCUUGGCAUAUGAGUUCAAAGGUCACACAUUAUUGCAGGCAUCAAGGGAAACAGAUGUUGCGCGUAUCAAGAAACACACUACCUUGGAUAUAGUAAAUUUCAAACACCCUCAGACGCACGAAACAGCACUGCACUGUGCAGCCACUUCUCCCUAUCCCAAGAGAAAGCAGGUGUGUGAGUUGCUGCUGAGGAAAGGAGCCAAUGUGAAUGAGAAGACAAAAGAUUUCUUAACACCACUUCAUAUGGCAUCUGAAAAAUCUCAUAAUGAUGUUGUAGAGCUACUUAUAAAACAUGAAGCAAAAGUCAAUGCCUUGGAUCACCUUGGACAGACUGCUCUGCAUAGGGCCGCCCACUGUGGCCAUCUCCAGACCAUCCGCUUGCUACUCAGUGCAGGCUGUGAUCCCUUAAUAGUGUCCCUGCAAGGCUUUUCAGCUUCCCAAAUGGGCAAUGAAAAUGUGCAGCAAGUACUGCAAGAAGGAGUGCUAAUUGGAAACUCUGACAGCGAUCGGCAGUUGCUUGAAGCUGCAAAAUCUGGAGAUUCAGAAGUCGUUAAGAAACUUUGCACCCUCCAGAAUGUUAACUGCAGAGACGUAGAGGGACGGCUUUCCACACCUCUCCACUUCGCUGCGGGCUACAACAGAGUUGCCGUGGUAGAGUACUUACUGCAGCAUGGUGCAGACGUGCACGCAAAAGAUAAGGGUGGUCUGGUUCCGUUGCACAAUGCGUGCUCCUAUGGGCACUAUGAAGUAGCAGAGCUGCUGGUGACACACGGGGCUGUAGUGAACGUGGCUGAUUUGUGGAGGUUCACCCCUCUGCAUGAGGCUGCAGCGAAAGGAAAAUAUGAGAUCUGCAAGCUGUUGCUUCAGCAUGGGGCUGACCCCACCAAAAAGAACAGAGAUGGGAACACCCCCCUGGACUUGGUGAAGGAUGGGGAUACAGACAUCCAGGACCUUCUUAGAGGUGAUGUCGCUUUAUUGGAUGCUGCCAAGAAGGGCUGUUUAGCCAGGGUUAAGAAGCUCUGUAGCCCUGAAAAUAUCAAUUGCAAAGAUACGCAAGGCAGGCACUCAACACCACUGCAUUUGGCAGCUGGGUAUAACAAUCUAGAAGUGGCUGAGUACCUGCUGCAGCACGGAGCUGAAGUCAACUCUCAGGACAAGGGAGGCCUCAUCCCAUUGCAUAACGCAGCUUCUUAUGGGCAUGUGGAUAUGGCAGCUUUGCUGAUCAAGUACAACGCAUGUGUGAAUGCCACAGAUACAUGGGCCUUCACCCCCCUACACGAGGCAGCCCAGAAAGGCAAGACCCAGCUGUGUGCCCUCCUGUUAGCACACGGGGCCGAUGCGUCUCUGACAAACCAGGAGGGGCAGUCACCGCUGGACCUUGUGACGACGGACGAUGCCAGAGCUUUGCUAACAGCAGCCAUGCCUCCUUCAGCCCUGCCGCCCUGCUACAAGCCCCAGGUUAUCAGUGUGGCUGCAACAUCGGCUGCGCCCGUCUCUGCCCUCUCCUCUAUGCAGUCCAACCCUGCCACCCUGUCUGCAGCCAGCAGCCUGGAUAACCUGUCCGUGGGCUUCCCCGAGCUACCUAUCCUGAUAGGGGGCAGUGGGACCGGGGGCGCUGUGAGGACAGACAAGAAAGAGCAGGUUCCUGGGAUGGAAAUAGACAUGAACAUCAAACAAUUUUUGAAGAACCUUGCUCUUGAGCAUCUGUUAGAAAUCUUUGAAAGAGAGCAGAUCACUCUGGAUGUAUUGGUUGAAAUGGGCCACCAAGAAUUGAAAGAAAUUGGAAUCAAUGCUUAUGGACAUCGGCAUAAAAUCAUCAAAGGAGUUGAAAGGCUAAUAGCUGUACAACAAGGUUUGAACCCAUAUCUAACGCUGAACACUGCAAACAGUGGGACAAUCCUUAUAGACCUUGCACCUGAUGACAAAGAGUUCCAGUCUGUGGAAGAGGAGUUGCAGAGCACAAUCCGAGAACACAGAGACGGGGGCCACGCGGGUGGAGUUUUCAACAGAUACAACAUCAUAAAGAUACAAAAAGUUUACAAUAAAAAGCUAUGGGAAAGGUAUACUCACCGCAGGAAGGAAGUUUCUGAGGAAAAUCCUAUUCAUUCUAAUGAAAGGAUGCUGUUCCAUGGUUCUCCAUUUGUGAACGCAAUUAUCCAUAAGGGUUUUGAUGAAAGGCAUGCAUACAUUGGAGGGAUGUUUGGAGCUGGAAUAUAUUUUGCAGAAAACUCAUCCAAAAGCAAUCAGUAUGUGUAUGGAAUUGGGGGAGGCACUGGGUGCCCAGUACACAAGGAUAGGUCUUGCUAUAUUUGCCAGAGGCAUUUGCUGUUCUGUCGUGUAACCCUGGGAAAGUCAUUCCUGCAGUUCAGCGCAAUGAAAAUGGCUCACUCCCCGCCAGGGCACCACUCAGUUACUGGCAGGCCCAGUGUCAAUGGACUGGCUUUGGCAGAGUAUGUAAUUUACAGAGGAGAGCAGGCUUAUCCAGAAUAUAUAAUAACCUAUCAAAUUAUAAAGCCAGAGCCAGCAGCUGAAGGAUAAAGAAAGAUAAAGACUACAAGGAUCUCUACGUGGCAACUGAACUGACCCAAACCAUUCUUGUUUUAGUUUUUACAAAUGUCAAGUAUGCAACCCUGGUUGAAGACUUAAGAGUGUGACAAGCAUAAACAGCCAAUGCCUUGCAUGAGAAAUCUUUAUACAGUGUAUAAAUAACUUUGUUUUUUCUUCUCAAAUGCUUGUUUUGAGUUUCAGCACUUUAAUAACUGACACCAUUCCUUUAACAAUAAAAAACAAACAAAAAAUGUUUGCAUUUUCCUGGACUAAAGGGGAUUUGCCCAGGGACAAUUUGAACCUUUGGUAUGAGUGAACUGUACAGUUUCUAUGGUGACCCAGUAAUAAUGAUGGAACUCUAUUGAUUCCAGUACCCAGUCAUGCACCCAGCACAGCAUAAUGGUGUACUAUUUUUUGUUUGUUUGUGUUUGUUUGUUUGUUUGUUUGUAAAAUGGUUGUAAAAUAAGAGUUUUGUAAUAGCAUGGUCAUUUAUUUACACUGCUUUUUUUAUUUUGUUUUUUUAAAUAAUGUUCUGUGUCAGAAAUGACCAACUUAUGAAGCUUUUCAAGGUUUCAGAAAGUUUUAUCUUCAUCUGCUUGAAAUAAGGUAGAUUUGCUUUCAUACUUACAUAUACAACCAGUACUAAACUAUUUCAGCCUGUAUGCCUAUUGGACAGGCUUCACUAGAGUGUUCAUACAUGUACUUCACCUUUUUCAGCCAUGGCUUUGACAACUGGUUACUGAGAACAUAAACCCCAAAUGACACUUAAACCAUCACCCACUUUGUUAAUAUAAAAAUACUUCCAAUGCAAUUGGUUCCAAUAACAUUUAAACUUUUUUUUUUUUUUUUUUUUAAAACCUGUCCUUUUUAUGACUACUGCAAUAGGCCUGUUUGAGGGCUCAAAUAAUGGUAUUGAUAUUUUCUUGUCAUCUGAGUAAGAUGCUUCGAUUCAUUUUCAUAUUACCUGCUCAGACCCUGGUUGCUAGAAUUUGCCAUUUCUCUGAGUUUCCCUAUUUUGAUAACUAAUGCACAAGACUACCCUGUUCUGGUAACUAACACACAAGACUGUCCUGUUCCAGUAGCUGGAGUAAGGAAAUAUCAAUAAAACUUAGUUAUUUGGAAAGUGGCAGUUCGACCGACUUAAUUGCAAUUAUCAUAAAAAGGAAAAAGAAAAAAACUAAAAUGAGCUUUAAAGCUAAUUGCUGUUUAACAUUGUGAAGCAUAUAUACUUUGCAAUGGGACUCACUUCAAUGUAUUAAUCCUG